AUGUCCUUUAGGAGGAUCUACAGGGAUAACCGAAAGGUGCCUCCUAUUAUAGGUCUCUUGACGAUAUGUUUUCUCUGGUGGUUCAUAGACCCUUCGGCCAGGCACAGCUUGCCGCUCCAGCCGGAAAUUUCACGGCCUUUCGGAACCUCCAGCGGUCAGGAUCAUACGCUGCCAAGCAAGGAUUCGCAGACACCGCAAAAGGAGACGAUUGCUUCUCCCAGUCCAAAUCAGCAUGAAAGGACAGCUUUGCGCGAGGAUGAUGUCCUGCUUAUCCUGAAAACAGGAGCAACAGUGCUAUGGAGGAGAUUGCCCAUCCAUCUCUCGACGUCCCUAGCGACCAACCGUGUCAGACCCAACGGCACCGUGAUCUACUCGGACGCCGAGGCUAGAGUAGGCAACCACACGGUCAUCGACAUCCUCGCCCAGCUGCCCAAGUCCGUCAAAGACUCGUCUGCAUUCGAGCUGUACCAUGCUAUCCGAGACUGGGAUGAGACCAACUACUACCUGGAGCAGACCGGCCUGCCUGGCGACGUCGAUUUCCACGAAGGGCCUCCGGGCGGCUGGCGGCUAGACAAAUACAAAUUCCUUCCACUUAUACAGCACGCCGGGAAGGAAUGGCCGCAUGUGAAAUGGUACAUCUACACAGAAGAUGACACCUAUCUCUUCUUUCCCAAUAUCCUCCUGUAUCUCUCCGAGUACGACCACCGCCAGAGCCAUUAUAUUGGCGGUCUGGGCGAGAAGCUAGGUACGACAUUCGCCCACGGCGGGUCUGGCUUUGCUCUAUCGCGCGGCGCGUGGGAGAAAUCGUUCGGCCGGGGUGGGGAUCUAGUGACCAAGUAUCAGAGCUUCGUGGAUGAGGCAUGCUGCGGCGACUACGCGCUCGGCAAGGUUCUCAACGACUACGACGUCUGGUUCGGGGACGGCAAGGAUGAUAGGAGUGACGGUGGCUCCUGGGGCUUUAAUGGCCUCCCGCAUUGGAAGAUUGAGUUCUCCAAGGAGAACUGGUGCAAGCCGGUGCUCACGUGGCAUCAUGCGCAUGUUCGUGACAUUGCCCGAUAUUAUGAAUUGGAGAAGUCUUGGGACUUCAGCAAACCACUCAACUACGGCGACUUUUACGCGGCAAUGAUUGCACCAUCCUUGUCCAAGCGCAAAGGAUGGUGGGAGAAUCUCUCCAGCCGGUACGAGGUCCACUCCACAUCCUCUGCAUCAGCUCCUCGACCCGAAGGGCAAUUCGAUCCGGACCUGUGGACCAAGGCAUGGAAGUCUGUCGACAGCUGUGAAGCAGCUUGCAGGGGCUGGGCCCAAUGCGUUCAGUGGUAUUAUUACGGUGACGAUUGUAAAAUGGACGACAGGAUCUUUUUAGGACAUGGAUAUCCUCAGGGAAUGCGAUACAGAAAGGACAAGCUCGAAUCAGUCAGCGGGUGGUUAACAGACAGAGUGGAAGCUUGGAAGUGUAGUUAA